AUAACCUCCCUAGCUAAGGAACAAAUCUGAUAAUGUUGGGCCUAUCUCACAUCAUGGGAGGGAGAACAGAAGAACUUGGAGACAAAUCUGCCCCAGUACCACAGUGAACAGGGAUGGAAUUUGGGACGCUGAAGUGACUAGCCAGCAUCGAACCACCUGAGAUAUGGACAGGCAGAAUUCUAAGAAUCACAAUGAGAGUAAAUUCAGUUACUAUGUAUUCAGGGGCUGACAGUUUGUAUGUUCUCUGAGCUGUGUAACCUGUUUUCAACAUGGUUCUGUAACCUGCAUAAAGACUUAAAAAUUUUUAGAAAUAUCUGCCUACAUUUGAAGUCGCUCUUGUAAUACUAUCGUUUGCAGUUUCAGAAUUACUCAUAUAAUGGCAAUAAUCUCAACAUUAAAAUGUCUAGAUCCCGAAAGGCCUGCGAGCUCUUGUAAAUACAGAUUAUGCAAUAUGUAAUAAUUUCUUCAGUACCUUAGCGAGUACUGUUAUGUAACGCCUCACAGCGUUGCGGUUGCGUAACAGCUCCGUUACCUGCAAUGGUUGCCUGUUGACUAACACGAGCCGGUGUCUGUUACGUCACUGCGUUGCUGUGCUAUAUAAAGCGUUCGUAUGUGCCACAUAAGUUCAGUUUCUAGCUGUGUGCGAAGGAAGCAAGACGAGUUCUGGAAGGAAUGGAUCGAAGAAUGGACGAAUUUAGCAGUGAGCUGUACAGUGGGAGUGAAAGCAUCAAAUACAGCAACCGAGUAAUCCUCAGCCGUCGUCAGAAGAAGAAGCUCGCUCGUCAACGUAGAGAAAAUCAAGAUCAAGAUGGCAUUCCAGCAAACAACAUGAGCAAGAGCGGAGCCAAGGGUUUACGGUCAGUCGAUUCUGGACACGGGAAAAUAAAUGGACAAAUUAUCACCAGUGCCCCCGCACUACGCCUGCAUUCCGAGAUGAACAUAACGAACAGAAUCCUUACAAUAUUUCUGAGUCAUUAUAUCAUAAGUUCCGAUCAGCUUCUACGUCUAGGCUACCCCGUCGAGAGUCGCGUACAUCCUGGAAAAGCAGUUAUCUACAAUGACCCUACUGUUUACAAACUCUUCCAACGGGGCAAAACUUCCUCACGAUUAAACGUCAAUGCUACUGAAUUCGUUCCUUUAUGGGCAACUGAAAAUUGCCAACAGGAAUCCCAUGGUAUCAUAACAAGAAGAAGCACAUCAAAUAUCAUGGAAAACGAACAUCGGCUAUUAGAGAAGGCCGUAAAUGAAACUGAAGGCAAUCAGAACAGUGAUAAGUUUAGUGGUAACCGUGGUGUCGCUGCAUUUCUCUGUGAUAAGAAACUCAGCUACGAACGCUACGAUGGAGGGCGGCGUGAAGGUAAUAGCAGACCUAGAAGAGGCUGGACUGUGAAAUUUCAAGGCGUGACGAAAAAGGACAGUAAAUCAUCAAACGGUACCCUGAAGAGCGAGGGCGAAGAUCAGCAGUUGAGUGAUACUAGGGAGAAGAAGUGUGCCCGCUGUGGUCGUGGUUUCUAUUUAACAGUGGAGGGGAAAUACGCGACUCAAGAAAAGUGUAUUCAUCACUGGGGCAAGAUAGAGAAGGCAGUGGCACCCCAGCUGCCCCAGCCCCGCAAGGUCGGUGUUGUCGGUCCUGUGAGAACAAUAAGACGUUACAGUUGCUGUGGAGGUAAUCCAAGUUCAGGUGGGUGUAGUGUGGGUGAACUACAUGUGUGGAAUGGCGUCGGCCCUGGAGUGAAUGACCCACUUGAUGGUUAUGUUCAAACUCGUGUUUGUAAGACUUUUCCCCCUGAUGGGAAUUUUGGUAUUUAUGCAGUAGACUGUGAGAUGUGUUACACAGCACGUGGCACUGAACUAAUUAGAGUGACUGUGGUGGCGUCCGAUGGUCAUCUCGUGUACGACAGGUUGGUGAAGCCAGAGAGCGACAUUAUAGAUUAUAACACGAGGUUUUCAGGAAUCACGGCACGUGAUCUCAAUGAGAAUGACACAAAAUCAUUACGGGAUGUCCAGAACGAUUUAAUGGGCUUCAUAAAUGCCGACACUAUACUUGUGGGUCAUGGAUUAGAGAAUGACCUUCGUGCCCUGCGCAUUAUCCACGGCAGUGUGGUUGACACAUCUGUAAUAUUUCCUCACUCUAAUGGUCUUCCAUAUCGUCGGUCCCUGAAGUCACUCGUAAGCGAGUUCUUGGAGAGAGAUAUCCAGCAGGAUUCAUCUGGACAUUGCAGUUUUGAAGAUGCAAGGGCCUGCAUGGAACUGAUGUUGUGGAGGAUCAGAACAGAUUUUAACUACAUUUUUCAAAGUGGUGUACAAAAUCUUUUGCAGUUGCAGAAUAAAUCUGAAUGUAUAUGCUGUUAACUGAA